GUUCCUCCACCUGCCCUCCUCAUCGUCAUCCAGUGAACAAAGAGCGCCUCCACCGCUCUGCUUCCACAGCUGUUGUGUCCUGAUGGUUUGGGCCGUGAGAAGAGAGAGAGAGAGACGUUUCUUUACCGCCCCCACAAACACAGCAGACACUCUUAACAGGCGGCAGACGAGCCGGCUCUCCAUUCACUGCAGUGUGGCUGCACUGUCCACUCACACAGGGACAAUACUCUCUAAUAGGCUGGAGCACUGAGUCUGAUCUGGGAAUAACAUUAUUACAGCAGCUUCACGGACACUAAAGAAGCAAAUUGGGAACGUGGGACCUGCAGCAACCAUCUCCUCCAACAAGCCCUUGUCACCAGUGUUAGUUGCUAGAUAGUGGACUGGUUUUCAUUGGGAUCCAGAUCAUCCACUUGUCAGUCAGCUUGUCAACAACCUGUGGUCCACCAGCUCAGCUCCUCAGACCAUGGUUCUGUGCGAGGACGGUGAGUGCAGUGUCUGCCUCUCGCCCUACUCGAGGAUGGACAGGAUCCCCCGGGUGCUCCACUGCAGACACACCUUCUGCGAGCCGUGCCUGGACACUAUGUCGCAGGCCAGCAACGGGCUGCUCACCGUGGGCUGCCCUUUGUGUCGUCGGGUGACCUGCAUAGGACGUGGCCUCAGUUUGCAGGAAGCUCUGUGGGUCAACAGCAGGCUGUGGGACCAGAUACCAGAGGACGUGGACGCGGAUGCCGAAGAGGAGGAGGAGGAGGAGGAGGAAGAUGGACUGAAACGAGUAGCUGAGGAGGAGGGGAUGGAGACUAAGCAACAACCUUCUUUACAAGCAGAAUGUGCUUCCUCCAGGUCUGCCAGGACAAAGCUCAAACUGCCUGCGAUCUUCAGAAAGUUCAGUUUGACAAAACAACACCAAGAGAGGAUUGUGCCCAGCAGUAACGUGGAAAUGAAAUCCUGGCGCAGGCUUCCAACUGAAGAGACUAUUUAAAAAAGAGCCGGAUCAACGAUGAUGUGACAGUUCCCCUCAGGAUAUUAUUUGCGGAUGGUAGACGCCACUAGAAGACUCAACCUUUUGAGGGAAAGUUGAAGCCGUUAGGACCAAGAAUCCAUUUGUGUUCCUGUCAAGACAUUGUUUUGUCCUCAGCCAAAGGUGCCCCUGUCUGUCUCCCCAUUAUUUAUUCUAGGCUUAAUUCUCCCAGCUGGUGCUGUGGGAUUUGGUUCAGCUGUCCCAGUGGGACUCGCACCCCGAGACCCCCAUGUAACAGAUGGUCUCCUGAGGACGCUCCCUUUAGCAUAGCCACUGCUGAACAUUGAAUAUUUUUUUUUUUUUUUUUUUAAUUUAUGAUAGCUAGUUGACAAAGAAUUUAAUAAAACUAUUUUUGAAA